AGUUCACCAGUUGUUCAGUUGAUCUUCUAACCAUGUUGGUUCGGUAGAUCGUAAGUUCUGAAGAGUAUUUGACAUUUAUAUUUUGUAUAAAUAAAUUGAUAAUAUCGGGGUUGUAUUGAAGCAAAAUUGGGAAUAUAUUUGGUGUUUGAAUUAAGGCUUCCUUCAGUAAUUUUCAAGGUUGAGUUUAGAAUCCUUACCAUAUAGUGAAUAAGAUAAAAAUUGAUAUAUGUAAUUAAGCAAAAAAUGAGUGGUUUUAACUAUUCCGGCUUUAAUAUGAAUAAAGCUCCUACUACAAGACAUAAUGCAGUGCCACCUCCUUCAUCGAUAAGUGGCCCUUCUUCAUCUAUAAGUGGCUUGAGUAAGCAGGGCUAUUCAACAAUGAAUGCUAUUAGCCAAAACGCUUUAUCUGCAGCUUGGGGUGGCAGUAAGAAAAGAGCUGCUACUGAAGAUGAGUAUUUUGAGGAUGAUGAAGAAGAAACAGUGCCAGACUUGGCGUAUAUUCCAGCUCCUGACAGCCCAACGAGAAUUGAAAUGGAAAAGAAGAAACAGCAAGAAGAAGAAGAAGAUGAUCCUCUUGAUGCGUAUAUGGCUGGUAUUGAGUACCAGAUGAAAAGAGAAGCUUCAAAUAGUGCCUCUCGAAGGCAGGUAAGAAAUGAUUUAGAAGAGGAAGAUGAUGAAGAAUCAUAUUACCGAUAUAUGGAAGAAAAUCCAAAUGCUGGAUUAGUUCCAGUUGAUGAAGACCAUCCAGAGGUAGAAUAUGAUGAAGAUGGAAACCCUAUUGCUCCUGAUAAAAAAAGGAUUAUUGAUCCAUUAUCACCUAUAGACCAUUCUACAAUAGAAUAUAAGCCAUUCCAAAAAAAUUUCUAUAAUGAGCACCCAGAAAUAUCUUCUUUAUCUUCAGAUCAGGUGAAAGAACUGAGAGAAGCUUUAGGUAUCAAAGUAACAGGAAAUAAUGCACCAAAACCUGUCUCUUCUUUCGCCCAUUUCAAUUUUGAUGAAAAACUUCUAAAAGUCAUAAUCAAAGCAGAAUAUUCAUCUCCCACUCCUAUUCAAGCACAAGCUGUUCCUUGUGGACUUUUGGGAAGAGAUGUUCUGGGAAUUGCUCAAACUGGUAGUGGUAAGACUGCAGCAUUUCUUUGGCCACUUCUGAAACACGUAUCUGCACAAACUCCUGUAGAGGAAGGAGAAGGACCCAUUGCUUUGAUAUUAGCCCCUACCAGGGAAUUGGCGUUACAAAUAUACAACGAAGCUAAGAAGUUUGCUAGAGUUUAUGAUUUAAGGGUCAUUUGUACUUAUGGUGGAGGCUCCAAAUGGGAGCAGAGUUUGGCUCUGAAAGAGGGGGCAGAUAUUGUAGUUGCUACUCCUGGUCGUAUAAUCGAUCACGUCAAAACAGGAUCAACAAAUCUCGAAAGAGUAACAUUUUUGGUUCUCGAUGAAGCUGAUAGAAUGUUUGAACUUGGUUUUGAACCUCAGGUUAGGUCAGUUUGUAACCAUGUUCGUCCAGACAGACAAACAUUACUUUUCAGUGCCACUUUCCGUAAGAAAGUAGAAAGAUUGGCAAAAGAUGCUCUGCAAGAUCCUGUUAAGAUAUCACAGGGUAUCUUGGGCCAGGCGAAUGAAGAUGUUACACAGCAUGUUCUCCUUUUGAAAGACCAAGAAGCAAAAAGAAACUGGUUGUAUGGAAUAUUGGUAGAACUGUUAUCUGCAGGAUCAGUUCUUUUGUUUGUUACGAAAAAAUUAGACGCAGAGCAGAUGGCUCAUAAUCUCAAAGUUAAGGAGUUUGAAUGUCUUCUUCUGCAUGGUGACAUGGAACAAUGUGAUAGAAGUCAGGUUAUUAUGUCUUUCAAAAAGAAGGAAUGCUCACUUUUGGUUGCUACCGAUGUGGCAGCUAGAGGUCUUGACAUACCACACGUGAGAACAGUCAUAUGCUUCGAUAUAUCUCGCGACAUAGACACACAUACGCACAGAAUAGGUAGGACAGGAAGAGCAGGUACUCAAGGUACAGCGUAUACCUUACUGACGCCGCAAGAUAAAGAAUUCGCAGGCCACAUCGUUAAGAAUUUAGAAAUGGCUAACCAGAAUGUGCCCCAGGAAGUAUUGGAUUUGGCCUUGCAGAGUUCUUGGUAUAGAAAACAGAGGUUCCGCAAGAAGGGUGAAAGUGCCAACGUUGGUGGCAUAGGUUUAGGGUUUAAGGAAAAAUCAAGUCAACCUAUGAAAGGGUUUGUCCCAGCGGGGGGCAAUAGUAGCAGCAGCAGCGAAACUCCUUCAUCUACAACUAGUGCUCCAAGAGGUCCCGCAACUGACCGUUUAUCAGCCAUGAAAGCCGCUUUCAGAUUACAAUAUCAAAAUCAAUUUACUGCAAGCGCAGAUCAGCCUCCACCGCCAGCUCCUCCUACCCGAAAAAAGAGUAGAUGGGAGUGAAUAUUAGAGUAUACUUCUUAACUUAUUAGUGUAAUGUGCAAAACUAUCUAAAAAUUUGUGCAAACUUGAGUCAUAAAGAAAAUAAAACUUCAUGUUAAUAUGGUUCAUCAAUUUUAUAGUUUCAAUAAAAUUAAAAAAAACUGAAAAUUUUA